GCUUCUUGCAACGCUUAUACUUAUUUUGGCUGUUUGCAAAAUAGUUUGAUAUUUUUACGUUACAUCUGCAUUGCACGUACGUAGUUUUGAAAGUUCUCAACUAAUACGUACACUCUAAAGAACUAAAUAAACAUGGAAGAUGAAUUGGACAAAUUAUUAUCAAAAUGCUUAGCUGAUGGCAUUCCAAUCAAGUUCGUAAAUUACAAGGGUCUCUGGGUCCCAGAUACUUACGCAGAAAUUGCCGAUGCCAUAGAAAAUUUUGAAGUACGUGACGAUGACGUUUGGGUUUGCACUUUUCCAAAAACAGGUACGACUUGGACCCAAGAAAUGGUUUGGGGCAUUUCAAACGACAUAAACUCAGAAGCUGCUAAAGUAAAUCUGGGCCAGAGAUUUCCUUUUAUUGAAUUUACUGGGACGACAGUAACAGGUUGGAUAUCACUGAGAAAAUCCAAGGAAGAACUUCCAGAUCGUAUCACGAAAAGCGUCGAGUUUGCCUCGAAUCUGCCAAGUCCCAGAUUUCUCAAGACUCAUUUGCCGUUUCAUUUGUUGCCUCGCCAGUUGCGCACAGGCGAAAAAAAAAAUAAAAUUAUCUACGUGUCGAGGAACCCGAAAGACACCUGUAUUUCUUAUUAUCACCAUUACAAGUUGCUCGAAGGGUUCAUCGGGAAUUUUGACGAUUUUGUCAAAUUGUUUUUAGGAAACAAAAUUAUCUAUGCACCUUUUUGGGAUCACGUAAUUGGUUUUUGGGAGAAUAGAAACAACCUAGACGUACUAUUUCUAAAAUAUGAGGACAUGAAAGCUGAUCUUCCUUCGGUGAUAAGAAAAACGGCGAAUUUCUUGGGUAAAUCUUUGACGGAUCAGAAGGUGCGAGAGUUAGAGGAUCAUUUAAGUUUCGCUAGUAUGAAGAAAAAUCCUGCACUUAAUUUAAAUCACGUGGCCGGAAUUAUAAACGAGAAAAAAAUGUUCGGUACAAAUUUCAAAGCGGAAGGAGACUUUUUGAGAAAGGGGUUGGUUGGCCAGUGGAAAACGGAAAUGUCGGAAGAGUUGAUAAAAAAAUUUGAUGACUGGACGGAGGAAAAAUUAAAAAACCAUCCGCAUUUGCUGAAAGAAUUUUUGUAA